AUGUUUAUUUAAUAACCACCCUCCAGAUAACCCUAUCUAUAACCUAAAUUACCGAUCCAAUAAUAAUUCCAUUCCAAUAAUUUAAUUUAGCAAGUAAAAACAAAUAGAAACCCAUUAGCAUUUUGCUCCUUAAAUUAAACAAUAAUUUAUUGGUCAAAAUUAAUUCAAACCUGAUUUAAUGUCUAGUAUCCCUUUUGCUAAAUCUAUUUAAUAUGAAGUACCUAAAAAUAAUAAUAAUUAAGAUCCUUAGUAAAUUUAUUCAUUAUCGUUUAGAAAGCAUUCCUCAGAAAUGGUUUAAUUAAUUAAGGAAAGUUAAGAAUUAAAAAGAAGCAUAACUGAAAAAGAUUAAGAAAUUUAGAAAAGCAAACAAAACAUAGAUAGGCUUGAAUAAUUAAUAGAUUACUUAGAAAAAUAAUCACAAGAAACCUAAAAACAAUAAUGA